GGGGUGUUAGAAUUGUUCAAAACCUAAAUUGCGUAUACAUACAUAUGUGUGUGCCAGAGACAGACAUUACACUGCCUGAUGUGUAUAUUUUGUAUUUACUGUUAGUUUGUGCAUGUACUGCAUUUCUGUGAGCAUGCAUAGUAUAUACCCCUGUGUACGUGUGUGCGCAUGUGUACAGGGUUCUCAUGCCUGGGUGCACCUUUUUGAGUGUAUACAUGUGUGUGUGCUUGAUGGCCUGUGUGUUCCAGAGCAGUGCAGGAUUAGUGGCAGUUGGUUAUUUAAAGAGGAGAGUUUCAGCGUUCUCAGUAACAGUCUGUGAGACUGCAGCACACCAGAAUGCAGCAGAUCUAUAUGCAGAGUGAUGAACACUUUGAUGUUUUCACCACCGUCUUCUCCCCUCAAGUUUGCAGAGCAAGAACCAGACAAAAGCAUGGGGAACUGGAACUAGAGAAAGUGGUUGCAGCCAUCAACUACAGACCUCACGGGGAUGAUGAGCUUGAGCUCCAUCAUGGUGAUGUCAUCCAGGUUCUCUUCAGAGAAGACCAGUCCUGGUGGUUCGGUCGCCUGCCGAACGGCAACGAGGGCUACUUCCCUGCUACGUUUGUCUCCAAGUAUAGUCCGGUAGGCUAUGGGAUACAUAAUCAGAGUCUCAUAGUGGACGAGCGGUUCCAUGUUUUAGAAAAUGCACUGUUCUAUGUAAUGUACCUGAGAAUGAAGCUGAAUAGAACUUUACGCAGAACCAAUUGCUAACUAAUUGGUGUACUUGUAGUAGAAGACUGGAGAGACACAUUGAUAGGUGUAAGAAGGUGUUUCGUUUGUUUUCAGAAACCAGAUGAAGCUGCUCCCAGCUAUUUACGGAGAGGUUCAAUGCCAGUUGUGUCUCCUAGCUCCCCCCGUGGCGGCAGAGGCACUCCCAAGCUCCCCAGGAGAGAAAGCCUGUUGCGGGCCCUGGGGCACACAGAGAGCUCAGGGGGCUCCACAGCCCGGGGCUCCACAGCCCAGGCCUCCCCCAGCCUGCUUCACCGUGUGCUGUCCAAGUCUCGGAGGAAGAGCUGUCCACAUAUACCUGCAGUCAGCGGCUCCAUUAACAGAGCGUUUCAACAAGAAUGAAGUCACUGUAGUAUUAGUCGCCCAAGCCGUUAUGGUUUACUGGGUUGCCGUAGUUGUCACCCCCUUAUUUGGUUGUUCACCUUCACCCAUUCAUAGUCCACUUACAUCACCCAUUCAUAGUCCACUUAUAGGAGUUGAUGCCACUAUAAUGCAAUAUCCAGAAGAGCAGUACUCAUUCUUAAUUUAUGGAUCCCAUAUUUGUCAUUUAGAUCUGAAAGUAUU